GAGGUUUAAUGGAUAGCUGUUGCGCUUGACUCACGUCAGAGAAAGCUACUCUGAAGCGGAUACACAAAGGGAGAGAAAGGACCUGCAGCGAUGGGGAUCAAACUGUACUACACCACCGUUACUGCCUCACGGACGGUGAAGUCUCAGCAGGCAGAGGUGAUGCGGAUCCUGGAGAGUAAAAGCAUUCAGUACGAGCUCAUCGACAUCUCUGUGGGGGGGGAGCUCCGCGACGAGAUGAGAAGCAAAGCAGGAAACCCCGCCGCUGUCCCCCCCCAGCUCUUCAACGAAGACCAGUACUGUGGGGAUUAUGAAAUGUUUUCGGACGCGGUGGAAGACGAUACAAUGGACCAGUUUCUGAAGAUGGCAUGAGGAAGGCGACAUUUCAUUCUCCAUCUUAACCCCUCUCCCCCCAAACACCCUUUAUCCAGUCUCUCUCUCUCUGUCUCUCUGCACCACUGGCAGUAUCCUCUCACUAUCAAUGCCAUAAAGAAGAAUGCCAAAUAUCCUAACCAAUCAGAAGACACACAUUCCCCGUGCUGCACCAUUAGACUCUUAAUCAGUCUGCUCCUUUUCUUGUGAUUUCUUUCAGAUAUUUUCCCUGUCUGACAGACUAUAGUGUUCAAAUCAAUGGGGUGUGUAAACAUGCGGUAAUUAAGGCGACUAAUCUCGGCCGCAGCCACAUGAUCGCUGGAGAUUAGAGUAAUCCGUAGGAUGACAACGUUCAACCCAGAAUCUUCCUGAAUCCUCCGCAGAACAAACUCAAUUUGAUCACUCAGUCUUAACUACUUUGUCGUAUUUUUCCCGUAGCCUUCACGUUCCCAUGUCUGUACGCUAUUUGUACUUCACAUGGAUGCAAAAUGCACACAGAAGUAGCAAGGACCGUGAUGUCCUCAAAUCUGAAUAAUGAUGAGGGUGAUAGCAGCUGUUAGGCUGUGAAGCUUUUUGUAAUUUUGGUCCAUUGGUCACCUUAUGUCAUAACAAGACGUCUGUUUAGUAGCGGGCGCCUGGCUUCAGUUGGAUACUUCGACAAAUAUAAAAAAUACUUAUUACUAGUUUAAUGACGCCCCUAAUAAGCACUUAUCUCAGACACAUUAAUGGUAUCCUGUUAAUUUGUUGUGUAAACAAACUAAAGUUACAUUCAGACGCAUGUUUCCUUAAUGUUUAGAAAUAAAAGAACGAAUAUUUAUGCAUUGUUUACAUCCGUCUUGGCUAGCAUGACGUUUCUCUUUUUAAAAGGAUCCCUUUUGGAAAUGUCUCACAAAGAUAAAGACCUAAUAACAUGUGACACUUACACAUGGUGGGAGUUUAAAAAGCUGAUUAAAGUUGUGUAUGUAUCUACAUUGUACUACAGAGACAAAUGAGGUAUUCCACCUGAGGUGAUAUAGUAAGAUUUACAGGAAGUAGAAUAGCUAGAUUAAAAAGUCAAAUCUGUUUUCAUGGAUAAAAAAUAACCAACUUUCAUCAAAUCGGACCUAUGGUUUUAACAUAAUCCUGCUGAAAAACCAAAUACAUAACUACCUUGCUAGUGGUUAUACAUAACAUAUGAAAAAUCCAAAUAAUAAGAGUUGUUGGUUUUCAAAUCAGAUGUUUAAUCUGGAAACCAAACACUCUUUAGACAUAUCAGAAUUGUCACCAAUGGGCCAAAGUUAUGAAAAAGGUUAGUAAUUUGUAAGUAAAAGGUCCCACAGCAUUUCAGUAUUUAGCUGCUUCGUUUAAAUAAAGCAGAUGAACGCGUCGUAAUUUCACAUUUGGUGCCAAUACAUAUCUGUAAUGCGCUUUGAAGGUGGAUUUCCUCUGUAGUAUUAGCACUUACCUGGCAUUUCCCCUCUCUUUUCCAUGAUCUGUGUAACAUGGAAGCUUUGUUACCGGCACCAAUAGGAGCUCUGUAUCGCUGACUGAAAAACCACAACAUUUUGACUGAAAAGAAAGCUUUGAAACACGUAGCUUUACAUUCCUGUGUUUAUUUUUACGUUACAGUUUGGAUGAGGCGUGAAGAUGCAGAAAUGUGACUAUGCACCAAAACCCUGCCUCACUCUGAACACACACACAUACAGGUCAAAGUGUUUAAAUAAAGUCUUACUAACCUUUGGGAACAAUUACCACAUGGGAAAAAUGAAGGCUUCUCGUAUUUGCUCUGUGCAUUCACUCAGUUUUAUUUUCAUGUUUUGGGUUGCUUGUCUUUUACCAAAAAUUGAAAACAAGAUGGUUUUCCCUCUCUUUCGCUUCUUAUCUGUCAAACCCCCCGCGUCCCAUGCUUUCAGAAUUGUGUUUCUAUACAGUUUGGGAUCCCUUGUAACGACGGCCUUCACACACACUGUUUGUGCACUGUUUUGUAAGUCGGUGGUUGUGGACGUUUGCCUGUUAUUGAUGUUUCUUCACUAUGAAUCAUGUUUAAGACAUUCCAUGUGUCUCUCUCUGAGCUCCUGCUUUUUGCUUUUUGGACCAAACUCCCCUUGGCCAAAAGAAAAUCGGGAAUACAAAUGCUGUUGUCUUCCGAGAAGAUUGUGAAAGUGAUUUAUGGGUGGAAAAAAUUAAUAAAAAGGAGUUGAAUCUA